AUGCCCCGCAAGAAGACAGCAGCAACAACCAACAAGAAAAAUGUAAAAGCGUCGCUUGCUGCAGCAGCAGCAGCAAAUGCUGCUGCUGCAGCAGGAGCAGCAGCAGCGACAGCAGCAGCUGCUGCAACUCAACGCAGCAGCAGCAGCAGCAGCACCUGCAGCACGCAGUCUUUUGCCAGCGGCGAAAAACCGCCCACCGCCGACGAGCUCACCGUCAGCAGCAGCAGCAGCAGCAGCAACAGCAGCAGCAGCAGCAGCAGCAGCAGCAGCAGCGAGAUAGCUCACUUCAAAGCUCUGCUGAAGGGACUAGCAGCAGUAGCAGCAGAACGGCAGCGGCGCAGCAGGAAAGUUGACUCGCAAGAUUUGCUGCUGCACUUUAUGCAGUACAUUUCUUCGCCUGCGAUGGAGGAGCUGCAGCGGCAGCAGCAGCAGCAGCAGCUGCUGCAGCAGCAGCAGCAGCAAACCCCCCACAGCAGCACAGAUGUCUCCGUACUGCAGGGCGCCCAGUGGCACGAAGCCGCGUGGGUCUCUUUGCUGCAGCAAGCCCUGCAGCAGCCUCCAGCAGCAGCAGCUGCAGCUGCUGCUGCUGCUGCUGCUGGGAGUGCCGGGAGCAGCGGUAACAGCGGCGAGUUGUUGCAGCAGCAGCAGCUGGAGGAAGAGCAGCAGCAAGGGUCUGCGAAGCUGCAGCAGCAGCAGCUGCAGCAGCAGCUGCAGCAGCAGCAAGAAAGCAUGAACCACAUAGCUGAAGUUGGAAUUAUGUUUGCAGCGCAGCAGCAGCAAAUGUAUCUGUCGCUGCUGCUGCUGCAGCAGCCAGCUUGGGUUGCUGCAGCAUUUGCUGCUUUGGAGGACCUGCGGCCGCUUGCUGCAGAAGAGAGUCCCGCGUUAGCAGCAGCAGCAGCAGCAGACGCAGCACCAGCAGCACAGCAGCAGCAGCAGCAGGGCCUGGGGGCCUUCGUAGCAGCAACUGAAGCAGAAGCAGCAGCACUUCGCAAAAGAUAUUUUCAAACAGCUUUUGAUCCAGCAGAUGCUGCUGCUCUUGCUGCUGCCAGCAGCAGCAUGGGCUAUCGGGACCGGAAGCAGCAGCGGCGUGUCUGCAGAGGGGUUGCUGCUCUUCAUUUGUUGGUUUCUGUUGCUGCUUCGGAGUUCACAGCUCCUGCUGCUGCUGCACUGUGCUGCAGCAGCAAGCUGCUGCGCGCUGCUGCACCCCUCAUUGCCAUUGCCUGCAGCAAAGGGGGCCUUCUUGCUGUUGCUGUUUUGAGGGCCCUUAUGCAGGUCAUAUCUGCUGCUCCUGCAGCUGCAGCAGCAGCAGCACCUGCAGCAGCAGCGUCAGCACCAGCAGCAGCUGCAGCAGUAGCAGACAAUGAGGGCGCAGUUGCUGCAGCACCAGCAGCAAGCGCGAGUGCAGCAGCAAUCAACGCGAUACCAGAAGACACAGCAGCAGCAGCAGCCGCUGCUGCUGCUGCUGCUGCACCCGGAGGUACCACCCCAGCAGCACCUGCAGCAGCACCUGCAGCAGCAACCGCAGCAGCACAUGCAGCAGCACCUGCAGCAGCGCCUGCAGCAGCGCCUGCAGCUGCACCCGCAGCAGCAGCAGCGGGUGCUGCUGCUGCUGCUGCUGCUGCUCCUUCGUUUCUUUCCGUUUACAAAGAAGCAAUUUUAUCUUUGCUGCACUUGGCUCUUCAAGAACAAGCAACCGACCCUCGAGGAGUUGAUGGGCUUUGUCUUUUUGCUGCUGCUCCUGCUGUGCCGCUCGUGCUGCAGCUGCAGCAGCUGCGCGUGCUGCUGCUGCAGCCGCAGCACAGAGAAGUGCUGCUGCACUACCUCCAAAUGCUGCUCAAGGCCCUCGAGGAUUUCCAACUUCGUUUUCACGCUGAGACAAAUAUGCAGCUGUCUAGAGACGUGGCUGAAGUGCUGGCUGAGCUGCUGCGAGACGAAGAGGGUUUGGCAGUCAUUAAAGAACAAAGGACUCAGUGGUUUCUUCUCUGGACAAAAUGCAAACAGCUCUGGGCGCCUCAGUGGAACCAAG